AUGGCAUUUUUGAGGUCAAUUGUGACUGCAAAAACAACCGCCAUUGCUGCUGUUAUUCCAGCUUCUGCUUUUGCUAUUUCUUCCAUUUCCUCUUCCUCCUCGUCUUCUUCUUCUUCUUCUUCUUCUUCUUCGCACUUCGAACGCUUAUCGAAAAAUCUAAAAUUUGCUUCGAAUCCGAAUCUCCGAUUAAGCUUCGCGAAGAAUAUAGAAAAAUCAAGUCCUCCUUCAGCUCUUCAUAUGGACGCGCCUUCUUCCAAUCACCAAACUUCCGUCGAGAAUGGUGCCGUCUUGCCUGAGUUACUGACAGAAUUUAUGGUGGACAUGUCGUGUCAAGGCUGUGUUAAGGCAGUCAAGAGCAAACUGCAAACUGUUGAAGGUGUUAAGAAUGUGGAUGUGGACCUCGAUAAUCAAGUAGUGAGAGUUCUUGGAUCUUCACCUGUGAAGAUUUUGACAGAAGCCUUGGAGCAAACAGGUCGAAAAGCCCGACUGAUUGGACAAGGAGUUCCGGAUGAUUUCCUUAUAUCUGCUGCUGUUGCGGAAUUCAAAGGGCCAGACAUUUUUGGUGUUGUUCGCUUGGCUCAAGUCAAUAUGGAAUUAACUAGGAUUGAAGCAAACUUCAGUGGACUGUCACCUGGAAAGCAUGCUUGGUCAAUUAAUGAAUUUGGUGAUUUGACGAAGGGGGCAGCUAGUACUGGGAAAUUGUAUAGCCCACCACUUGGUGACCUGGGAACACUGGAAGUUGACGAGAAAGGUGAGUCAUUCUAUUCUGGUGCUAAAGAGAAGCUGAGAGUUGCUGACCUGAUUGGGAGAGCCAUAGCAGUAUAUGCAACUGAAGAUAAAUCGGAUCCAGGACUUAAAGCAGCAGUGAUAGCUAGAAGUGCAGGAGUUGGUGAGAACUACAAGAAACUCUGCACUUGUGAUGGUACAACUAUUUGGGAAGCAACCAACAAACUUUGAACACUUACACUAUCUUAGACCUAUAUGUUCUUUGUAUACUACAUCUCCAUCAAGCUUAAUUUGGGAUGGCAGGGUCGUUUUCCAACUGCAAUAGGAAAAUACUUUCUUCAGUGAUGUUCGACGUUCAACAUUUUCAAGCUGCAACCAGUAAGAUUUUGCUCUAAAGGAUUGGAAGUAAGAUAAUUCCCAUGGGUUUUUCGAGACAAAUGAAAAAAUUCAAUUUGGCGUGUUUGACUCCAAAUUUAGAAGCAAUCAGUUUCUUUUACUUUAUUUAAUAUGAAAAUAAGUCGCAGCAAGAGAUGUUUUGAAGAA